AUGAACGCCGCAAGGAGCUUCACCGCAGCAGCGGACGGCGCGGGGGGAAACGCGGGGAACCACCAGCAUACUCCGGGAGUAGUCGGCAUGUCGGACGAUCGCGAGGCGGCUUUAGAUUCCGUAAUUAAAGUGUUCGCCGUCGCGAGCAGCCCUAACUACUGGCUUCCCUGGCAGAGCAAGCCGCAGCGCGAGGUGACCGGGUCCGGAUUCGUCGUAUCUGGCCGCCGCAUCCUCACGAGCGCGCACGUCGUCGCGGACCACACGUUUGUACUCGUUAGAAGGCACGGAUCCCAUAAGAAGUUCCUCGCUACUGUAGAAGCUGUAGCACACGAUUGCGACCUGGCGCUGCUCUCGGUAAAGGACCCCGCGAGCGUGGGGAGCGGGGAGGGGGGGAUCAACGGCGGGGGGAGCGGGGAUGCGCGCGCGGACAGCGAGGAGUUCUGGGAGGGCAUGCGGUCGCUGGAGCUGGGGGACGUGCCGCUGCUGCAGGAGUCGAUCGCCGUGGUGGGAUACCCGCAAGGCGGGGACAACAUCAGCAUCACCAUGGGAGUCGUAUCACGGGUUGAGCCCACGCAAUACGUGCAUAGCGUGGCCCACCUGCUGGCCAUUCAGAUCGACGCCGCCAUCAACCCCGGCAACAGUGGCGGCCCCGCCCUCAUCAUGGCCCCUGCCGCCCCUCCUGCCGCCCCUCCUGCCGCCCCUACUGCCGCCCCUGAUGCGGGAGGGGAAGGAAUAGAUGGGGGGGUGGCAGAAGGAGGGGGAGGAGUGGAAGGAGGAUGGGGGAGUGGUGGGGAAGCAGGGGGAGGAGGGAUGGGGAGAGGGGUGUGGGGGGAGGGCGGGGUGAGGGGGAGCAGGGGGGCGGAGGGGGGGCAGCAGAUGGAGUACCGCGUGGCGGGGCUGGCGUUCCAGAACCUGUCAGGGGCGGAGAACAUUGGCUACAUCGUCCCAGUGCCCAUCAUUCGCCGCUUCCUAGCAGACGCAUCGCUGGGGCACCGCCGCUUCCCGGGCUUCGCCUCGCUGGGCGUGUCGUGCCAGCCGCUAGAGAACUGGCAGCUGCGGGCGCACCUCAAGAUGCCACGUGGCGCCACGGGAGUGGUCGUGAACGCCGUGCAGCCGCUGAGCGACUCCAGCCGCUGGCUGCGCAACGACGACGUGCUCACGGCAUUUGAUGGCGUUCCCAUCGCCAAUGACGGGUCGAUCAUGUUCCGCAAGAGGGAGCGCCUGCCCUUUGACUACCUGGUGUCUCUCAAGCCGGUGGGCGAGACCGCCCGGGUGUCAGUGCUGCGGCACGGGCAGCCCAUGGACUUCCACAUUCGGCUGAAUCCGAUCCCAGCACUGGUGCCAGCGCAGCAGUUUGACAUAUCCCCUUCCUACUUCAUAUUCGCGGGCCUGGUCUUCGUGCCACUCUCCCAGCCCUACCUGCACGAGUACGGCCCUGACUGGUUCAACAGCAGCCCCCGAAGGCUGUGCGAGCGCGCGCUGAGAGAUAUCCCCUCCAAGCCCAGCCAGCAGAUUGUGAUCCUGUCACGGGUGCUGGCAGAUGAAGUGAACUCCGGCUUUGAACGGCUGGCGGAGCUGCAGGUCAAGCGAGUCAACGGCAAGGAGGUGGAGAACCUGAGGCAGCUGCGGGACGAAGUGCUACAGUGCACGGACGGCUUCGUCAGAUUCGAUUUGGACGACGACCGCGUGAUUGCUGUCAGCGUCUCUGCUGCCAAGAAG